GGGACCGUAGGGGUCCCAGAAUCCGAGCAUCCAAAACUCCGGGACCCUCCUCGCUGCUCUACAUGCGCUCUGCCCUUGGGAGUGUGGGAUUGGUUCUCUCGACCAUCGCUUGCAUUAGAAGCGCUUUUCAUUGGCGUUAGUCAAGAGUGGGGCAGAGGGCGGAGCACUAGUAGGCAGGCUACGUCCAACUGCCACUCUCGCGAGUCCUCCCUUUAGCGCAUGCACCUAACGAGUAGUGCUCAUUGGACGGCAAGCCUAGAGGGUGGGGGACUGGGAACGGUGGGAGCCGCUGUGUGUGGAGGAGCUGCUGCCGGUGUCAUGGCGGAGCUGAGUGAGGAGGCGCUGCUGUCAGUAUUACCGACGAUCCGGGUUCCUAAGGCUGGAGACCGGGUCCACAAAGACGAAUGCGCCUUCUCUUUCGACACACCGGAGUCUGAGGGUGGCCUGUACAUCUGCAUGAACACAUUCCUGGGCUUUGGGAAACAGUAUGUGGAGAGACAUUUCAACAAGACAGGCCAGCGAGUCUACCUGCACCUCCGGAGGACCCGGCGCCCGAAGGAAGAGGACACCACUACAAGCACUGGAGAUCCCCCCCGUAAGAAGCCCACCCGGUUGGCAAUUGGCAUGGAAGGCGGAUUUGACCUCAGCGAGGAGAAAUUUGAAUAUGAUGAGGAUGUGAAGAUUGUUAUCUUGCCGGAUUACCUGGAGAUUGCCCGGGAUGGGUUGGGGGGACUGCCUGACAUUGUCAGAGAUCGGGUGACCAGUGCGGUGGAGGCCCUGCUGUCAGCUGACUCGGCCUCCCGCAAGCAGGAGGUGCAGGCCUGGGAUGGAGAAGUACGACAGGUGUCUAAGCAUGCCUUCAACCUCAAGCAGCUGGACAACCCAGCUCGAAUCCCUCCCUGUGGCUGGAAGUGUUCCAAGUGUGACAUGAGAGAGAACCUGUGGCUCAACUUGACAGAUGGCUCCAUUCUCUGUGGCCGACGCUACUUCGACGGGAGCGGGGGCAACAACCAUGCCGUGGAGCACUACAGGGAGACAGGCUACCCGUUAGCUGUCAAGCUGGGCACCAUCACACCUGAUGGAGCCGACGUGUACUCCUAUGAUGAGGAUGACAUGGUCCUGGACCCCAACCUGGCUGAGCACCUGUCCCACUUUGGCAUUGACAUGCUAAAGAUGCAGAAGACGGACAAGACGAUGACGGAACUAGAAAUCGAUAUGAACCAGCGGAUUGGUGAAUGGGAGCUGAUCCAGGAGUUGGGUGUGCCCCUGAAGCCCCUGUUUGGGCCUGGCUACACGGGCAUCCGGAACCUGGGUAACAGCUGCUACCUCAACUCGGUGGUCCAGGUGCUCUUCAGCAUCCCCGACUUCCAGAGGAAGUAUGUGGAUAAGCUGGAGAAGAUCUUCCAGAAUGCCCCGACGGACCCUACUCAGGACUUCAGCACCCAGGUGGCCAAACUGGGCCACGGCCUGCUCUCGGGAGAGUAUUCCAAGCCAGCCCCGGAAUCAGGCGAUGGGGAGCAGGUCCCAGACCAAAAGGAAGUUCAAGAUGGCAUCGCCCCUCGGAUGUUCAAGGCCCUCAUUGGCAAGGGUCACCCUGAGUUCUCCACCAACCGGCAGCAGGAUGCCCAAGAGUUCUUUCUUCACCUCAUCAACAUGGUGGAGAGGAAUUGUCGGAGCUCUGAAAACCCUAACGAGGUGUUCCGCUUUUUGGUGGAGGAGAAGAUCAAGUGCCUGGCCACAGAGAAGGUCAAGUACACCCAGCGAGUUGACUAUAUCAUGCAGCUGCCUGUGCCCAUGGACACAGCCCUUAACAAAGAGGAGCUUCUCGAGUAUGAGGAGAAGAAGCGGCAGGCCGAGGAGGAGAAACUGCCACUGCCAGAGCUGGUCCGGGCCCAGGUACCCUUCAGCUCCUGCCUGGAGGCCUACGGGGCCCCGGAGCAGGUGGACGACUUCUGGAGCACGGCCCUGCAGGCCAAAUCCGUAGCUGUCAAGACCACACGAUUUGCCUCUUUCCCUGACUACCUGGUCAUCCAGAUCAAGAAGUUCACCUUCGGCUUAGACUGGGUGCCCAAGAAACUGGACGUGUCCAUUGAGAUGCCGGAGGAGCUAGACAUCUCCCAGUUGAGGGGUGCAGGGCUGCAGCCUGGAGAGGAGGAGCUGCCUGACAUUGCCCCACCCCUGGUCACUCCGGAUGAGCCCAAAGGUAGCCUUGGUUUCUAUGGCAACGAAGACGAAGACUCCUUCUGCUCCCCUCACUUCUCCUCUCCGACAUCACCCAUGUUGGACGAAUCGGUCAUCAUCCAGCUGGUGGAGAUGGGCUUCCCUAUGGAUGCCUGCCGCAAGGCUGUCUACUACACGGGCAACAGUGGGGCUGAGGCCGCCAUGAACUGGGUCAUGUCACAUAUGGACGAUCCAGAUUUUGCAAACCCCCUCAUCCUGCCUGGCUCCAGCGGGCCUGGCUCCACUAGUGCAGCAGCUGAUCCCCCACCGGAGGACUGCGUGAGCACCAUUGUUUCCAUGGGCUUUUCCCGGGACCAGGCCCUGAAAGCUCUUCGGGCCACGAACAAUAGUUUAGAAAGGGCUGUGGACUGGAUCUUCAGUCACAUUGAUGACCUGGAUGCAGAAGCCGCCAUGGACAUCUCGGAGGGCCGCUCGGCUGCCGACUCCAUCUCCGAGUCCGUGCCAGUGGGACCUAAAGUCCGGGAUGGGCCUGGAAAGUAUCAGCUUUUUGCCUUCAUCAGUCACAUGGGCACCUCUACCAUGUGUGGUCACUAUGUCUGCCACAUCAAGAAGGAAGGCAGGUGGGUGAUCUACAAUGACCAGAAAGUGUGUGCCUCUGAGAAGCCACCCAAGGACCUGGGCUACAUCUACUUCUACCAGAGAGUGGCCAGCUAAGAGGACAGGGGACAGACCAUCUGGCAUGAGGGAUAGGGGCUGAGGGAUGGACUUCAGCCACCACCCCCCCUGCUCUGUACCCUUUUUUUGUCCUCAGCAGCAGGGAAGAAGCUCAAGGCCACAGGAGAAUGGCCAAGCAAAGCGGGGGACACUGGAGAGACUUUGGGGAUAGAGCAGGAAGGGGAUGGGAGGGGCGGGCCACCUGUCUGUGAGGAGACUUCGUUGCAUUCCCCGCCCCUUGAACCCACAGUGCUCUGCUUCUCUGUGUAACCCUGCCGGCCCCUGAUGUGGAGGGGGGCUUGUUUGUGUGUGCGCCUGGGUGUAGCUUUGUGCAGCCUCUUCCACGGGGAUGGGGCGUCCAUGCCUCCCCUCCCUCUUUGUGUUUGCUCCCUGUGUGGUCAGGCAAGGAGGGCUGUGAGGGAAAUGGGGAUCCCCAUCGCCCUCCAGCCUGUCUUUCCCCAACCCUGUCUCUUCCCUGCCCUUCUCUGGAAAAUGCCAAAAUACACGAUGUGAAUAAAAAGUACAAUGGCUAA